UGAAAUGUGAAGGAAACAUUUUCAUAUUUUGUUUUGUUUGUUAGGUUCUAAAAAUGGCCUGGAUUAUUAAAACUUUCAUGGUCUGUGUCUGUAUUCAUGGGCAUUCCUUCAUUCAACGUGGUGACUUCUUUCAAAUAUUCUCAGAAAUGACCGAUAUGGUUCCUGCAACAUUUUCCCCUCAUUUUGAAGAGAAAUCCUUUUCGUUGCUUCAGUGCGUGGAUUUUUGUACCAGAAUACAAAACUGUGUAUCAGUAUUCAUGAACAAAACCUUGUUUACUUGUCAGGGAUUUGGAAACCCUUUUCUGUACACAGGAGUAUUGAAUUCAAAUCAGGGAAUGUGGUAUAUCGGAUCAGUUUCAGAUUUGUGUUCGUCCGGGGGCUACGUGUGGGAUCCUGAUUAUAGAAUCUGCUAUAAAUAUCAUUCUACAAAAGUCAGCAUUCAAGACACAGCAUCUACUUGCAGUUCCGAGUCAGCUCGUCUGCUUCUUGUGACGUCAGACAAUGUGUAUAGCUUUGCAGUGGAAUUCAUGAAGAGCCAGUCAACGGAUUCCCUCUACAUCCAAGGAUCACGUGACUCGGUGUACAGCAGUCAGUAUGUCGAUGAUCACGGGAGGCAGAUGACGAAUGUUAGAUGGAGUCCUGGGGAGCCGUCCCUUGACGGGGUCUACGUGCGCCUAAACAUAGAGCUCUAUCUCCUGGAGGCCACCCCAGGGGGCACUCCUAGACGUUUUAUUUGUCAAAGAGGACAAUUUUAAAUCAAUUAUUUGAGGCGAUCCUACAAAUUUCUAUAUUUACAUUACAUGACAAUUGUAUAGAAUGUAUAUCAAAUGUAAAAUGUUUCUUCAUCUUUGUAUUCGUUUAUAUUACAUGAUACAUGUAUGUAAAGUGAACCAGUCGACAGGGAAUGCUUACUUCUCUCAGGCACCUGAUCCCACCUCUGGUAUGUCCAGGGCAGGAGUCCGCGUUUGCCCAACUCGUUAUUUUGUAUUCCUUGUGGGAGUUAUGAGAUUGAUCACUGUUCGUUAUCUUUGCCUUUCAUAAUGUAUUUCCAAGACGCAUCUAACAGUAUGUAUAUAUCUACAAUAACCUAACUUUCAAUUUCAUCUCUUCUUUUUUCUAUAAAAGUUUGCGGGCAUAUAUCACACGAUAUAUACCUGGAAACAUUCCGGCCCGCAAACAUUACGUCACAAUCAAAUUUCUACACCGUUAAUUUUCAAAUUGUUUGUGUUUUUCAUCUUUUACUCAGUUAAACCGAUAAUGUUAUUGUUAAAAAUAAAAUUAUUGUUAGUUUCUAAAUGAAAUUGAAAGUAUAUAAUAAAAAGAUUAUAGACUUUGUAUGGGAAAUAUGACGACCUCGUCUACGCGCCAAAAAACUCGGUCGUCAUAUUUUCCCAUACAAAGUCUAUAACCUAUAAUUACGAUAGUUGUCCGCUAUUAUUUGCUUAUAAUAAAUCCUUUUAAGAGAAUUUUUUUUUAAAUUUUUAUUUCAUUCCAUACCUUAUAUCUGUGUUUUGGUUUGAAAUAGAAUCUGAUGGAUUUAAAGAGCAUGCAGCUAUUCAGAACAAGGAGGAAAUUCCUGCAUGUUGUGAAUAACACGUUUACCAAUACAUACUAGUACUUUGGUCAAGUGUAACUUAGAGAUACUUUUGCGAAUGGUUCCUUGUUUUCCAAAAUACCAGAGUGGCAUAUUGUAGCGGUUUAUUGUGUUAGUUGUUUUAAGUACCCCAUUCAAGAUCGAAUGUUUCACUCAAAUGAGGACGUAUGUAAUUCCUGAUUGGCUUUUAGCAUUGUUUAGGAGUAAAAGUAUCAUGACCUCGCCUGUUUCAUAUAUGAAGCAAAAAUCGUAUGUUUAUUUUAUGUUGAUUAUUUCAGAAAUUAAUUCGAUGUGCAGUACAUGUUCGUAUUACAUGUAUGAACGCAUAGCUGAGAAAUUAAUUUCAUUGAUCCACAAGUACACUAUGACAUGGACUGUGAGACUUUACGCGUACAAGUAUAUUUC